AUGGAUUUGGCACUUUCUCAGAAAGAAGUAAUAGAUCCAAACUAUUUAUGGAUUGGACCAAAUGGAAAGAAUCUAAAAGGACAAAGUUACGUCAAUCUCACUGAAACAGGAAAACUGAUGGUGAGAGGUUUUCAGGAGUCUAUGUCUGGAUCUUAUACUUGCACUCUUUCUUAUAAAACCAUCAACACUGACAUACAAGAAGAGAGAGAGAAAUUUAAGACAUAUAAAUUUAUGGUAUAUGCAUAUAGGGAGCCUGACUACACAUACCAGAUAUCUGUUCGGUUUACUACAAAAGAGUGCAGACUAGCAGCUAAUGGUCAAUUCUUUGAAGAGCUGAAGAAAAUCUUGAAUGAUUUAAUCUCUGAUUUGACAUGUCAUGUUAUAGAACCAUCAUACAAAUGUCAUGUCAUCAAGAUACCAAAGCAUGGCCUCCUGGAUGAGCUAUUUGUUACUUUUCAAGUAAAUCCUUUUGCCCCAGGAUGGGAAGCAGUUUGCCAACAGAUUUCUUAUGACUGUGAAGAUGUAACCAACAGAAGAGUUCAGGAGGCAAGAGAUCUCAUUGAAGAAUUUUUCCAUAAACAAACAUAUGUUCUGAAGCACGAGUUUCGGAAUGUACCUGCAAUACAUUAUAUAGACCAUAGUUUUGAAGUUACUCGCAUUGACAGCUGUCGUCCAGGUUUUGGAAAAAAUGAUGACACCCACAAUGACUGCGCUAGUUGCUGUGUGGUUUGUGACCCUGGAACAUACAGUCCUAACAAUGAAGUGAGAUGUCGGAUUUGUACAAGCAUUCGAAUCAAACACUAUGGAGCAAAAUCUUGCUAA